AUGAUUCGCAAGCGUGAGAAGGGAAUGAAGAUUCUGGCGUUGUAUUGCGUUACCGUAAUGGAGGCGCACGAAAUCGUCGGUGUCGAGUGGGGUAUGAAUAGAAUGGAUGAAUGGAUGGAUGGACGCCAGUCGCUCGCUGAAGAAACCUCAAUGUAA